AUGGAAGGUCAAUUUAUUGUAGAUAAAGAAAUUGGUUCAGGUUCCAAUAAAACAAACCCACCAGGAUUUUGGAUUGGUUUCGAUGACGCUUUCUAUGCAGUUGCUGGAUAUCAAAUCCUUGCAAAUGGUCGUAUCGUAUAUUCUCAAGACAACGCAAGAGAAGAAGCAUAUAUAACUUCAAACUCACAAACUACCGAACAAAUAAAGAAAGUAGAUGUUUUCUCAAAGACUCGACAUGAAGAUGUAUGGAGUCAUUCGGGAACAUGCAGAACAGGACAAAUUGUUAGUGGUCCAAUUACAGCAGGAAAAUCAUUUGAUUUUAAGCUUCGUUUAAGAAUUCCUGUUAGAAGAUUCCUUCCAUUAGAAGCUAUUCGAUUUAUUCCAGCUUUUGCAGGAAACAUUCAGCUUAAAGUAAAGUUCAGUAGCGACGCCUUACAAUGCACAUCUAUAUCUGUAAAUGAUAUCAUUGCUUUCAAUCCAACUCUUAAAGUUGCAUUUGCUUCAGAUUCAAAUCCACCGACAAAUAAAUUUGUUCCAUGGAAUGAACCAUUCACUAUGAUAACGAAGGCAGUAGAAGCUAGUGGAACAGUUACUAUUACAACUGUAACCCAGCAACUAUUUCGAACAAAGAUGGAUUUUAAUGAAUGUUUCAUUCAUCCAAAGUCAUUCUCUUUAGACCCUAACAUUUAUACAGAACUUGUAGAACAUUAUACAAACGAGGCUUUAUGUUUUCCUGUUAAAGUUAUGGAUUGGAUUCCUAUGGACGGUUCAUUCUCAAAGAAUACAGAUAGUUCAAGUGCAACAUUUACAGCAGCUUAUACGCCUAUUAAUGUUAAAAGUAUUUGGGCACUAUUUAGAAAGAAAGACAACUAUUAUGUUAAUUUUGAGAACCCUAAGUUUAAAUAUCUUCAGCUUUCCAUGGGAGCUUAUGGAAAUAUGCCUGCAGAACCUGAAAAAUCAUAUGGACCUGUAUUUUAUGAAAUGGUUGCGAACGCCUGCAAUACAAACAAUGAUAUGAUAGGAUUUAAUGAAGAUGUUAUGAGGUCAUUGGUGGAUGAUG